AUGGCGCUGGCCACUGCCCAUCUCCGCAUUGCACGCCCAACAAACAACCUAGACGCGCUUCUGCCAUUCUACUGCAACGGCCUGGGAUUCGAGAUGCUUGGCUCGUUCCCUGAGCACGAGGGAUUUAGCGGCAUCAUGCUAGGCCACAAGUCGGCGGGCUACCAUCUUGAAUUCACACAGAAAUCUGGCCACGAUGCCGGCCGUGCCCCGACGCAGGAUAACCUGUUGGUUUUUUAUCUCCCGGACGGCGCCAGCUUUGCCCAGGCCGUAACACAAAUGGAACAACAGGGCUUUGCGGUCGUCAGAAGCUUCAACCCCUAUUGGGACCGCUGCGGCAAGUCGUUUGAAGAUCCCGAUGGGUACAGAGUUAGUGCAACGCCGGUCCGACACAAAAGGGUGUCCUGUCCCUCGCCCGUGCCAGUAAUGGAAACAAAACACCGAGGCACGAACUCCAAGGUCUGCCUGAUCUUGCUGACCGCCGUGGCGGCCGCCGUCGGGGUCGAGGGCCAGGAGACCGGCUACCACAUCGACUGGCCCAGGUGGUGCGGCAAAGUCUAUCAGGACGGAUAUCCGAGCUUUGAUCCGGGCGGACAGACGCUGGCUCCCAGCCCUGCCGCCAAUGGGCCCCUCGUCCAUGUGCAGUUCCAGCCGCGGUACAGCCUGUAUCUCGAGAGUGAGAAGCACGGCGAGGUCGUGGUGAAUGCUGCCCUAUCGCCGUACCACGGCAAGCCUUGGCCCAGUACAAACACUACCUCUUCCACUUCGGGUCGUGCCAACAGCCUCAUCUUCUCCAUUAACCUAGUCGAGGACGAUGCCAUUCUAGUCCAGAACACGGUCGCCAUCAACUCAACUGGCAAUGUCUUCCGCUUCGACCUGUCGCGCCUCAAGCCCAGUCUCGAGCCUAUCAAAAUGGUGCUUUACGGCGCACCUGAGGGCGGGCGUCCCACGUGGACGGCCACGAGUUCCUUGUUCUUCCUGCCCGAGAAGACCAACGGCAGUGUAACUCGCAUCGACAACUUCAAUGGCGGCCUGUUCUUCCGGAACGCUGCAUCGGGCCACAAAUUCCAGCCGCUCCUCCCGCACGGCUUCUACGCGUCGUACGAUGGCUUCCUGGGCAACAACAGCACGAGCGAGAUCCAAAACUACGCCGACUUGGGCCUCAACUCCAUGACGCCUCUGACCAUCUACCGCGACUCGGGCCCCGCGUUUGCGUACAUGGACAAGAUCAACCUCAAAUUCAUGUAUAACCUGCGCGAGGGUUACAGAAAUUUGACCUAUGUCCGGGAGCAAGUGCUCGCGGCAAAAGAUGCAGAGGCAAUUUAUUCAUACUGGGGCACAGAUGAGCCAGACGGAUGGCAGGAUCCGUUCGACGCCCCUAGCCUCGCGCGCGAUCUGAUCCGGCAGCUCGACCCGUACCACCCCGUCGCCAUCACGCUCAACUGCCAGAACUAUCACUUUGCCAAGUACAGCGCGGGCGGUGACAUUAUUAUGGAGGACGUGUACCCAAUCGGUAUCAACUCCACCUGGUCCAAAUGGCAUACGGCCUGCAACGCAACGCUCGGCGACUGCGGCUGCGACAACUGCCAAGGCAACGUGCAGGACGUGCCCAACCGGCUGGACGACUACGCCGCUUACGAGUCGUGGCUCGGUCUGUGGCCCAAGACCAAGGCCCACAACCCCCAGAGCUUCCACGGCGAAGACUACUGGCUCCGCGACCCUAGCGUCGACGAGGAGCUCGUCAUGAACGCGCUGGCGCUCAACCACGGCGCGCAGGCCCUGGUGUCGUGGGUGUGGCCCGCCAGCGCGCCGCUCGGUGCCGCUCACGGCGCCAUGGCCAAGGUCGUCGCCGCGUCGCCCGUGGUGGACUUUCUCGUAGGCGGCGACCGGCCGCAUCCCGUCGCGGCCGAGAGCGCGGGCUCUGGGGCUGGCGUGGUUGACGCCGCGUACUGGGUCGUCGGCAAAAAGAUGCUGGUCUCGGUCGUGAACGGCGGCUAUGUCGACAUCAGCGGGACCGUUGCCGUCGCCGUUCCCAAUGCCAUCGGCAUAGCGAGCACGCCGUGGGGCGACGUCGGCUGGCGUCUGCAGGACUCCAAGCUCACCGUUCCCGUGUUGCCCGCUCUCGCUACUAGCAUGGUGAUUCUAGAUCUACGCUAA